CACUUAUGUUCCCCUGACCAUACACCAGUGAGGAAGGAGCUUUGUAGCAUUCAUUUUUUCUUCUCUGAGGACUUUGAAGACUUCCUCUACAGCCUGGAGACCAGAAUAUUCAUCUGCAGGUCAGAUGUUGUAACAGUAGACAGCUGGUGCUACUUUAAGGUUCCAUUUCCAGUCUCUUCAUUUCGCUCUGCAAUAACUGAGGAAAUGAGGGUGCAUGUAGUGGUGCUUCUGGUGCUGGCCUUAGCCCUGACCUGUGCCCUGGUUAGCUCUGAAGAAGAAACAAAACCUACCAACAUCAGAGGUCAGGUUCAGGUGAGUGAGACUCAGACCGAAGAGCACAUGUCUGAUGAACCAACUCAAGUGGACAAGCCAGAGAGCACUAAACCAAAGAAGAAGAAAACUCCUGAGGAAAUAGAGGCAGCAAGGGCACAAAAGGCAGCAGAGAAAGAGGCCAAGGCCAAGAAGCAGAAAGGUCCAAAGCCCACCAAAAAGCCAAAAGCUCCCAAACCAACCAAGAAACCCAAAGCACCAAAACCCACAAAAAAACCCAAGACCCCAAAGAAAUUGCGCACCACUGCUGUGCCCCCAGAGAUACGACUGACAACAGAGAGGCAGCAGCAGCUCACCACUUACUACAACCACCACUCGUUUAUUGAUGCUGUCACCACAAAGGCACCAAUAUGGGAAGAACCUGAAGAGCCAGAUCUAGUGCUAGGUGAUAAGAAGCGGACCACCACUACAGAGGUCAUCAUGUACAUACCAGAAGAAACAACUGGUGUUCCAUUUGUAGGCCCAUGGUAUGAAGAAUAUGACUAUGCUGACUUGGCAGCCAAAAAGCAAGAAGAGGAGGAAGAGAGAGCACGAAAGGAAAAGGCUGAAAAAGCUGAGCGACAGCGGAAGGAGUGGGAGAAAGAAGAGGAGGAGAGACUCAGGCAGGCUGCAAUCCCAGUGGAGCCAAAAAAGUGUCCUCCUUUGGGUCUGGAGUCUCACCGUGUGGAUGAUGACCAGUUACUGGCUUCAUCACAGUCACAUCAUGGCUUUGCAGCACAGAGAGGCCGCCUCAACAUACAGGGAUCUGAAAGUGAAGAUGAUAUGUAUGGAGGUGCGUGGUGCGCUGAAGCUGAAGAGAAAAGCCAUUGGUUUGAGGUUGAUGCACGCAAAGAAGUGGAAUUUACAGGUGUGAUCACACAGGGCCGGAAUUCAGAGUUACAUGAGGAUUUUGUAUCUUCUUACUUUGUGGCUUUCAGUAACGACAGCCGUGACUGGACUGUGCUCCAUGAUGGCUAUGCUGAAUGGUUGUUUUAUGGAAAUGUGGAUAAGGACACGCCCGUGAUGAGUCAGUUUGCUACACCUGUUGUGGCUCGUUACAUCCGUAUCCUUCCUCAAAGUUGGAAUGGCAGUCUGUGUCUUCGAGCAGAGAUACUGGCCUGUCAGCUACCAAGCAGCUACCCAAGUGAGAAUGAAGUCAAUGUAUCAGAUGACCUGGACUUCAGACACCACAACUACAAAGACAUGAGACAGAUGAUGAAAGUAAUAAAUGAAGAGUGUCCAAAUAUCACCAGAAUCUACAAUAUUGGUAAAAGCUCGCAGGGACUUAAGAUAUAUGCCAUGGAAAUUUCAGAUAACCCAGGAGAGCAUGAGACAGGGGAACCAGAAUUUCGUUAUACCGCCGGUCUCCAUGGCAAUGAAGCCCUGGGAAGAGAAUUAGUUCUUUUGCUGAUGCAGUAUUUGUGCAAAGAGUAUAAUGACGACAACCCCAGAGUGCGCCGCCUGGUGGAUGGUGUGAGAAUACAUCUUGUGCCUUCACUGAACCCAGAUGCAUAUGAACUUGCUUUUGAAAUGGGUUCAGAGAUGGGCAAUUGGGCACUGGGUCACUGGACUGAAGAAGGAUAUGACAUUUUCCAGAACUUCCCAGAUCUUAACAGCAUCCUUUGGGGGGCAGAGGACAGAGGAUGGGUCCCUCGUAUAGUUCCCUAUAAUCACAUACCUAUCCCAGAAAACUUCCUCAAUGGCUCAGUUGCUAUUGAGACAAAAGCCAUUAUUUCCUGGAUGGAGCGUAAUCCAUUUGUCUUGGGUGCAAAUUUACAAGGUGGAGAAAAAAUGGUCGUGUAUCCAUUUGAUAUGCAAAGACCACCUAUUUCUCUGACAGACAAUCGGCGAUGGAGAAACAAUGCUGAGAUGAACGAGGAAACUUGGGCUCGUAUCCAACGUCAGAAUCAAGGUGCCCUGCGGGAAACACCAGAUGAUGCAAUGUUUCGCUGGUUGGCCAUGUCUUAUGCCCACAGCCAUCUGACCAUGACAGAGACCUACAGAGGCUCAUGCCAUGGAGAUGACAUUACGGCGGGACAGGGCAUCGUCAACAGGGCCAGCUGGAAGCCAGUAGUAGGCAGCAUGAAUGACUUCAGCUACCUUCAUACAAACUGCUUUGAGCUGUCCAUCUUCCUCGGAUGUGACAAGUUUCCCCAUGAAAGUGAACUGCCUCUAGAGUGGGAGAACAACCGUGAGAGUCUGCUCUCUUUUAUAGAACAGGUACACAGAGGCAUAAAAGGAAUGGUGAAAGAUACAGAAGGCAACCCUCUGGCCAAUGCUACAAUUACAGUGGAGGGCAUUAGGCAUGAUGUCAGAACAGCGGCCGGUGGUGAUUACUGGCGCCUGUUAAACCCUGGCGAGUACAAGGUAACAGCGAAAGCAGAUGGCUACACCCCUCAGACCAGACUCUGCAUGGUGGGCUAUGACUCUGGGGCUAGUCCAUGUAGCUUCACUUUACCUAAAUCUAACUGGAACCGUAUCAAGAAAAUCAUGGCACUUAAUGGCAACAGACCAAUUCGACUUGUCACAAAGAAAGUGGUCACAACAGCAGCCCCAAUUGUGCCCACCAAGGCUUAUACUGACCCUGAGAGAGCAGAGAGACUAAGACGCCUCAGACAGCUGCGCUUACGCAGACUACGUUUACAGAGACUAAGAGGCAAAUUGAGCACUACUCCUACAACAACCACCACCACCACCACCACCACAGCUCCUACCACCACACCAGACCGUGACAGCACUACAUCCUGGUAUGACCCCUGGUUCUCAGUCGACAACUGGUUAACCGAAAACCCUUUUGAUGGCUUAAAUUUAGAGUCUGCACCAACACAGGACUACCCAUUUGAAUUUUCCAUUGACUGAUUCUCAAAAAUUCUUUACAUGACAACGAAGAAAUAAUUUUAAAACAUAACACGAGUUAUCAAGCCUAUGCCUGUGUUCAGCGGCACCAAGAUAAAUAUUUGUGCAAGUUAGUGGAGAGAAUAUAUCUGGAGGUAUCUGCUGAGCAGACUGUAUUUGGUUUUUAAUGGAAAAAAAAAAAACCAUAUAUAUAAAUCUGUACAAAAUAAACACAAAUGACAAAUAUGUAUGUCCAAAAUCAAAUGGUGGAAU